UCGAGAUAUAAGGCCAGCUCGUCCUGUUUUCCCCCUCUUAGAAGGGUCAGACUCGACGACAAACAAGCCAUGACUGCCGACUCCUACAUUGCCUCCUUCAGCCCCAGCACGCUCACCGUGGCGCUGAGCGUGGGACUGGUGUGCCUGCUCCACUAUGUGCGCUAUGCUCGCGGCAAGAUCCACCUGCCGGGGCCUGUUCCCCUGCCCAUUGUGGGCAACCUGCUGAGUGUGGGCGAGGACGCCGCCCAGACAUACUACCACUGGUCCAAGACGUACGGACCCGUGUUCAGGGUCCUGCUGGGCGAGCGCGAGGUCGUCGUCGUCAACACGGCCGCCGCCGCCAAGGAGCUGUUCAACGACCAGGGCAGCGUCUACAUCUCCCGUCCCCGCUUCCACAACUUCCACAACGUCGUCUCGUCGACGGCCGGCUUCACCAUCGGCACGUCGCCGUGGGACGAGUCGUGCAAGCGCAAGCGCAAGGCCGCCGCCACGGCCCUCAACCGGCCUGCCGUGCAGUCGUAUGUGCCCAUCAUGGACCGCGAGACGCUGUCGCUCGUCGACGACAUCUACCACGACGGCGCAAAGGGCGACGGCGAGAUCAACCCGUACGGCUACCUGCAGCGCUUUGCCCUCAACACAUCCCUGGUCGUCAACUACGGCUCCCGGCUUGAAAAGGUCGGGGAUGCGCUGCUGCGCGAGAUCAUCGAGGUCGAGACCGAGGUCGCCAAUUUCCGCUCCGUCUCGGGCUCGGCGUCUGACUAUGUGCCCCUGCUCCGGCUGCUCCCUUCGUUCCUGGGCGGCAGCAGCAACAGCGGCAAGGCGGCUGAGACGCGCCGGCGCAGAGACCGGUACAUGAAUGCGCUCCUCGACGACCUCAAGGAGCGCGUGGCAAGGGGCACCGACAUUCCCUGCAUCACGGGCAACAUCAUCAAGGACCCCGAGGCCAAGCUGACCGACCUCGAACUGAGCUCCAUCUGCCUCUCGAUGGUGUCUGCAGGGCUCGACACGCUCGCCAACACGUUCAUCUGGAGCGUCGGCUACCUGGCCCAGCACCCCGAGUUCCAGGAGCGGGCGUAUGCGGCCAUCCGCGACGUCUACCACGGCGACAUCCCCGACUCGACGCGCGAAGAUGUCGAGUACAUCACGGCGCUCCACAAGGAGUGCUCGCGCUUCUUUAGUGUGCUCAAGCUCUCGCUGCCGCGUGCCACGCUGGGCGAGUCCGAGUACCGGGGCGUGCGCAUCCCCGACGGCACCACCGUCUUUCUCAAUGCGUGGGCGAUCCACCACGACGCAGAGCGGUACGGCGACUUUGACGUCUUCCGGCCCGAGCGCUUCCUCGAGGCGUCCGAGGCCAGCCAGCAGGCCCACUACUCGUUUGGCGCAGGCCGGCGCAUGUGCGCAGGCGUGCACCUGGCCAACCGGGAGCUGUACGUGGCCUUUUGCAAGCUCAUUCACUUUUUCAAGAUUGAGCCGGGCACCGAGGCCUACGACAUUGACCCGGCGACGGCGUGUGCCAACCCGCGCGGGCUGAGCUCGACGCCAAAGAGCUUCAAGGUCCGCUUCGUGCCCAGAAACAAGGCCACCAUCGAGCAGUGGAUCGACGAGGAAAAGAACCGGGCCGAGCUCAAGAUGGCCGCCAGCAUCUCGUCGAAGAAGACGUCCUGAUCUGCGCCAGACCAGAGCUGCUGACAGCGGCGAAUCCUCCAUCUCAUGCUUUCUUGUGGAUAUGUACAGUACAUUCAGUAGUACUACAGCUAGGCACAGGAAUCAAUAAUCUCUC